GCGCGAAUGCGCGCUCACAACGAGUUGCACGCUCUUUUAUAUACCCUUGCGUCGGUCACGCGCAUUAUAGUGAUUUGGAAGAUGGCGGUGUCCGUGUUCACCGGCGUGCGGCUCCUGUCUAUUGGGGAUGCCAAUGGGGAAAUUCAGCGACAGUCUGAGCAGCAGGCGCUUAGACUUGAGAUUAAGAGUACACCGGGCUCUGCGAUGAUAAACUUAUCCAACAGUGAGGAGACGAGUGUGUUUAAGUGUUCCCUGAAUCAGGAGACUGAAUGCAGCCGUGUGGGGAAGCAGUCCUUCAUCAUCACCCUGGGACAGAACAGCGUCCUGCUGCAGUUCCCCACGCCCGCAGACUUCUGCUCGUUCUACAACGCAGUGAAGAGCAGCACUGCUGGAAGUUCCGAAACCUCAGUGUUCAACCAGAGGACAGAGGAGGCAUCGGCCGUGCAGUACUUCCAGUUCUAUGGCUACCUCUCUCAGCAGCAGAACAUGAUGCAGGACUACGUCCGGACCGGCACUUACCAGAGGGCCAUCCUCCAGAACCACGCCGACUUCAAGGACAAGGUGGUACUGGAUGUGGGCUGUGGUUCAGGGAUUCUCUCCUUCUUUGCUGCCCAGGCUGGUGCCAGAAAGGUGUAUGCUGUGGAGGCCAGCAGUAUGGCACAGCAUGCUGAGGUGCUGGUGAAGAGUAACGGGCUGGCGGACCGCGUGGUGGUGGUGACGGGGAAGGUAGAGGAGGUGACGCUGCCCGAGCAGGUGGACAUCAUCAUCUCUGAGCCCAUGGGCUACAUGCUGUUCAACGAGCGGAUGCUGGAGAGCUACGUCCACGCCAAGAAGUUCCUCAAGCCUAACGGUAACCUGUUCCCCACCAUAGGAGAUGUGCACCUGGCCCCUUUCACGGACGAGCAGCUGUACAUGGAGCAGUUCACUAAAGCCAAUUUCUGGUAUCAGCAGUCGUUCCAUGGUGUGGAUCUCUCUGCACUCAGAGGGGCAGCGGUGGAGGAGUAUUUCAGACAGCCCAUCGUGGACACAUUUGACGUGCGUAUCAUGAUGGCAAAGUCGGUGAAGCACACGGUCAACUUCCUGGAGGUGAAGGAGAAUGACCUGCACAGGAUAGAGAUCCCCUUCAAGUUCCAUAUGAUGCAGUCAGGCCUGGUGCAUGGGCUGGCCUUCUGGUUUGACGUGGCCUUCAUGGGAUCUGUGAUGACUGUGUGGUUGUCGACGGCGCCCACUGAGCCCCUGACCCACUGGUAUCAGGUGCGCUGCCUGCUGCAGUCGCCGCUCUUCACUAAAGCAGGAGACACGCUCAGCGGAACCGCACUGCUCGUGGCCAACAAGAGGCAAAGCUAUGACAUCAGCAUUGUGGCUCAGGUGGAACAGACCGGUUCUAAGAGCAGCAACACGCUGGACCUCAAGAAUCCUUUCUUCAGGUACACGGGCUCCACCCCAGCCCCACCUCCUGGCUCACACUACACCUCACCCUCCGAGAACAUGUGGAACACGACGGGAACCUACGGCAUGAACCAGAACAUCUCAGCCAUGCCAGCUGCAUAUGAUCUCAGUGCUGUCAUUGGAGGAGGCACCGCACACAAUAACCUCAUCCCUCUCGUCAACACAGGCGGAGUUAACCACACCACAUCCAGAGUGGGAUCCAUUAUGAGCACAGGACUUCUGCAGGGAGGCAACCCUGAGCAGUCGGACUCCAGCGGAGGCGGAGCCGUCCAGUAUCCAAUCCCCAGCCAGUUCAUCAUGGGCGGGGCCUCCGUUCCCAUGGCGUCUCCCGUGGCGAUCCCUAGCAACACCAUGCACUACGGCAGUUAAUGGCGCCGUGCCAUUUCCGCCUCCUCCCUGCUCACAUCUCCAUAGUAACGUCCCCAAUGAACUGACUUGACCUUCUUGACCACCGUUCAAACGAAAGAAAGAAAGAAAGAAACCAAAACUGCCAUGAACUCCUUUACUCGUUCAUGUCUUUCCGUCUCUUUCUGUCAUAUUAUCUCUAUCCCUCCUUCUCUUGCUCCUUCUCUCUCUCUCUCUUCUCUCUAUCUGUCCGUCCAUCCCAUACCUUACCCCUUUGAUGGUCCCUCCUCCUGACAUCCUGAGCCAACAGGACAUGACAUCACGGCUCUCAUCACAGCCUCUGCCUCCUCCUCCUCCUCCUCCUCCUCCUCUUCGUGAGAUCAGGUUUAUUGUUUUGUUUGUUUAUAUUUUUGUUUGUUUGUUUCCAUGCCCCAUACUGCUGCUUAGGUGAGUCCAGUCCACUCCUGGCCUCACUCAUAGACAAUACACACACACACACACACACACACACACACACACACACACACACACACAUACAUAUCUAUGACAGAAGUGCUGUCUUGAGCCUCUGUCAUUAGCGAGAGUUGAUGACCUGUCGUCAUGUUUCCUCGCUUCUCCAUCACACACACACAAACAAACAAACACACACGCACACACACUCGCUUCUCCGUCCCUGAGGAUGAGCAGGAAAGGAAGAACUGUGUCGGACUCCCAGUUCAUCCUCAACGGCUUAUAAAGCUUACUCGAAUCUUAUCUUUUUUUAAUCUUUUUUUUUCCCCUCUCUCCUCCACCUUUUUGUUCUGACAAAGACCUGAUGUGGUGUUGACGCCCUCUGUUCUCUGUGAGGAGAGUUGACUUCUCUGUGCUCGGAGCAGGAGAGGAAGAUGUGCAAGAGGGUAUUGGCAUUUGUAUUUUUUAAAGACUUGUGACACACACACACACACACGCACUGAUAUGUAAAUGCACGGAAUGUACACACACACUCUCACACACACACACACACAUACUCACUCUAUUGCACAUGCACACAUGUGAAUACAUACAUAUGAAUACAUACUCGUUCUGUCUUUUGAUCAGUUGGACAAAAUCGGACAGUCAAUUGUGUGAAAUCCUCCUUAUCCCCCCCCCCACACACACACACACUCGCACUCACACACACACACACACACACACUCACACACCAACGUCUGACUGGCAAAACCGACAGACCGCUUAAAAGAUCAGAGCCUUCUAGACUCCUGGAUUGGAUUUUCUGUUUGGACUCCGAGCUCAUUUGCACUACAUCUUUAAAAAAAAAAAAAAAAAAAAAAGACUAUUUUUUUAAAGCGUACCUCUGUUCCAUUCCCCCACCUGCACGUCAAUGCUGAGUUUACCAACCUGGAGUCUGCUCAGUCUGAAUCCGAUGAUGGUCCGAUAGAGGCAGCCAGCGGACAGUCAUCAGGAAGCUGUCGCUGGCCAAUCAGGAAGAGGGAAAAGUGGGGCCAGUUGGCGAGCUGUCCAGUAGGAGAGAGACACAGCUAGAGGCACCGAGUUUACAGUACAUUACAUGUGCACGCACACACACACACACACACACACACACUGGAUGUUUUUCUUGAUGGAGGGGGGUUUUAGGAAAAAGCCCUUAGUAGUCAGUCCACCCCCCUCCUGAAAACAUUCCAACACCAAACCCCUCAUCCCCUAUCAGUCAUGAAUCGAUGUUGUGGAAUUCGCCCUUUUUAAACGUAUCCAUCCUGCCAUGAUACUGAUGUUGGUUGUUGUAUGUCGACCUUUUAAAAAAAAAAAAAAGAAACAUAUCGCCCCCCAUCCUCAAGAUGAACUAUGCUUCCAUUCGUCGAUCCCUGAGAACCCCUUUAGAGACUAUCUUCCCUCAUCAUCUUAUUUGUUUGGUGCAUCCCCAUUCGUAGAGGCAACUAAUUAUUAUUUUUUUUUUCUUUCUUUUUGUUUGUUGUUUUUCGUCUUUAUUUUCAUAAGAAAAGUAAAAAGGGAAAAAAAAGCCAAAUGACCAAAUUAAAUGUCAGUCGAGAAAUAGGACA